AUGGAGCUCAAUAUCAAUCAGAACGUGUCCGACGCUUUUUAUCGGUACAAAAUGCCUCAACUCUCGGCUAAGGUCGAAGGAAAAGGUAAUGGGAUCAAAACGGUGAUAGUGAAUGUGACAGAAAUAGCCAAACGUCUUUAUCGGAAACCAAUAUAUGUCACCAAGUACUUUGGCUGCGAGCUGGGUGCCCAGAUACAUGUUGAUGAUAAGAAUGACAGAUAUAUAGUUAACGGUGCUCAUGAUACAGCUCGGCUUCAGGAGUUGCUUUUUGGAUUCAUUAACAAGUUUGUUUUGUGCUCGAAUUGUGGAAAUCCAGAGACCACCCUCCAGGUGAAAGUCAAAGCUGGUGUAGUUAACACGAUCUGCACUGCCUGUGGAAAUCGGGGGCAGCUUGAUCCUAGACAUCGUCUAACGCAAUUUAUAAUUAAGAACCCACCCGGGGAUGAGUCGGCUCCGACGGAGAAAAGAGGACGAAAGGUAAAGAAGGUGAAAAACAGUAAGGAUCAACAGCCUGAAGAUGAUGAUCAUUCACCUGCUGGGGACGAGGGUCGGAAUAGUCAGAGCCUAUCGGAAGACGAAGAUGUCGAUUGGGGUGAAGAUACGACUGAAGAAGCUCAGAAGAGGCGUCUUGCCGAAUUAUCUGAGAUGGCGCGCAGCCUUACAAUAAAUGCCGACAUUGACAAAACGGAGACGGAAAGAGCUAAUAUGUUCUUCAAACUUCUCACUCAAUACAAACAGGCUGGUGACGUGGAAAAACGUGGGCAGGAGCUGAAGAGCGAGUCGCAGCGUUUAAAUCUGGGCAGUAGAUCAGUGUUGAUUGUCGCUGAAGUCCUCCUCUCGGAUCCCAAAACUAUUGUGACUGAUAUCAAACGUUAUAAACCAGUCUUCUUACAGUUUACUCGCUUUGGCGAUCAGCAACACAAGACUCAGGGCUACGUGUUGGGAGCCAUGGCAAGCUUGAUUGAAAAGAACUCCGAUGAGUUGCUCCCAAAAGCAUGUCAUAUUCUCAAAGCACUCUACGAUGACGAUAUUGUGGAGGAGGAGGUUAUCCUAUCAUGGUUCGAAAAGAAUUCGGCAAAGCGGUAUGUUUCGAAGAACUUAGCUGGUAAGAUUGCCGACGUGUGCUCACCCAUGCUGACAUGGCUAAGAGAAGCCGACACGGAGUCUGAUGAGGAUGACGUGGAAGAUUUUGACGAAAAUGAGGCUCCGGUGAAAUCGCCCAUUUCUGCUGAAAUCUCGCACAAUCCAAAGCACCAGAAAGUCGGUGAACUUGCGACGGAGAGUGACGAUGACUUGGACAUAGAUGCCAUAUAG